CGUGUUCUGCUCCCUGAAUCCAGAAAGGCGGGGAGAAGAGCCCUUGCUUUGCUGCCUCUGAUUUGAUCGGGCAUUUGUAUGUCAGUGGCUGCUCCAAUGAAAACCACCCGUAGUGCCCAACCCCGCCAUUCAGUAUUAUUACUGAGCUCAGGGGACGGAAGGGAGCGAGCGACUCAGAGAGACAGGGGUGAGGGGAGAAGAGCGGAAAGGCGGGCCUGGCAGCCCAGAGUGUGAGGAGGAGCCGCCGCCGUUUGAGAUCACCUCGCCCCGGCCGCCGGUUUUCCGCCUCCCGCACCUGCCCAUGUUCAGGGAAAACCGGUUCGCAGCCGCCUCUCAUCCGCCGCUGCCGCCCGUCUGCCGCCGCUGCCUUUCCACCACCGGGAGUGGCCUCCCCAGCCGCCCGGCCCGAGAGCCGCCCCCGCUGACGCCGCCAUGGCUGAGUUGGGGCAGGAGGUCGUCCACCUGGUGUGGGGCAAGAAGCCCACCUCGCAGGGCCUCGCAGAUACCAUCUUCUGCCGCUGGGCGCAAGGGUUUGUAUUUAGUGAAUCGGAAUCUACUGCAUUAGAACAAUUUGAAGGAGGCCCUUGUGCUGUGAUUGCACCCAUUCAGGCAUUCCUUCUGAAGAAGCUUUUUACUUGUGAAAAAUCUACCUGGAGACAAUGUCAAGAGGAAGAGCAGAAGAAUCUCCUCUGUCAUACCUUAACUGAAAUUUUGGAACUGGCUUGCUCUGAUCAUUCAGAAUCAUACUGUUUGGUAACAUGGCAAAGAGGAAAGUCUGCUGAAGAAACUGCUAGUAUUUCUGAGAGUCCAGCUGAGUCAAGCCAUCAAGAAGAUCAGCCUUCUGCCUUGGCUGUCGAAGAGCUUGGCUUUGAGCGAUUUCAUUCAUUAAUUCACAAGCAAUCGUUCACAACCUUUCCUGAUUUCAAAGAAGCAGUUUGGAAUCAGCAUUCAGUCUGGACAAACAAAUUUGGAGUAUUGCUUUUUCUGUAUUCUGUGAUACUGACAAAGGGCAUUGAAAAUAUAAAAAAUGAAAUUGAAGAUUCAACUGAGCCGUUGAUAGACCCAGUUUACGGUCAUGGAAGCCAAAGCUUAAUUAACCUCCUGUUGACGGGGCAUGCUGUAUCUAACGUUUGGGAUGGAGACAGGGAAUGCUCAGGAAUGAAGCUACUUGGAAUACAUAAACAAGCCACUGUUGGUUUUUUAACACUUAUGGAAUCUCUAAGAUACUGUAAGGUUGGCUCCUAUUUGAAGUCCCCAAAGUUCCCUAUUUGGAUACUUGGCAGUGAAACUCAUCUCACAGUCUUUUUUGCCAAGGAUUUAGCUCUGGUUGCUCCUGAAGCUCCCUCAGAACAAGCCAGACGAGUCUUUCAAACAUACGACCCUGAAGAUAAUGGUUUUAUACCAGACACUCUUCUAGAAGAUGUAAUGAAGGCUUUGGACCUUGUAUCAGAUCCUGAAUAUGUAAAUCUCAUGAAGACAAAAUUAGAUCCAGAAGGACUAGGAAUCAUACUACUAGGUCCCUUUCUUCAAGAAUUUUUCCCUGAACAGGAGUCCAAGGUUCAAGAAUCAUUUACUGUAUACCACUACAAUGGAUUGAAGCAAUCUAAUUAUAAUGAAAAGGUCAUGUAUGUUGAAGGUACAGCAGUAAUUAUGGGCUUUGAAGACCCCAUGCUACAGACUGAUGAUACUCCAAUCAAGCGCUGUUUGCAGACAAAAUGGCCAUACAUAGAACUACUCUGGACCACAGAUCGAUCCCCUUCAUUAAAUUGAUGUGGAGAAGAGACCUUACACUAAUAAUAUCCAGUAUAUUGAAUGAGGCAGCUGCCUGUAUUUAAAAAAAAACAAACAAACUAUGCUUUGACUCUGUGGCUAUACACUGGUGUCACUGAGAAAAUGUAAAACACUUUUCAGUGUUAAUUAGAAUAUUUAAUUUUUAAAAAAAAAAUUGGAUUGAUUUGUAUUAUACCAGCUAGUUUCUCUUUGGCCAUCAUAGUGCAGUCAAUGUGAGUUCUCACCCAGAAGCCUUCUUGUUGAGCCUAAAAAUAACCUCGGAAUGGUCUAGUGGUACAAUAUCUGCAAAUUAGAUGAAAUUUGUCUUAAAUAUCAUAGUAUUCACCUGUACGUACACUUGUUUGGCCAUAUGUUUUACUUGGAUUAUUCUGUUUUAGGGCACAACCCAUCUGGGAAUUCUCAUACACAAGCCCUACAAAAAUGAAUGAGGGCUGCGCAAGAGCAUAGUAGCUCUUGCACAGUUCCCAGGGUUUGCACAGGGGAGCUGUUGGGUGGGUUGUGGCAUAUACCACAGUAUCACAGCUUUGGGACUAGAAUGGCAUUUGCACUGAAUAUGUUUAGAUGAGUUAAAUUUCAGCUGUUUUCUUCUAGAAAUCUUAACUCUCAUCUACAUAGCUUUGCACAAACAGCAAAAAUGAUGGCUUUUUUAAGGCUAAUUAUAAAUGAUAAACACUAUUUAUUGGAAGAUACUGUUCCCAGGGUUUAUCUGUUUGGCACAUUGAGAGUCAAAGCAGGAUUUAAGAAAAAUAGAAUAUUAAUAAUAUUCAUUGUUGUAUAAAGGAAAUGUAAAAAACCCCUAACAGCAGAGAGAUUUUGUGCUAUGAUUUUUGAAGCUGUUCAUGUUAUUAUUGCCAAAUACCUCUUCUCAACAUGUCCUAACAAAAGCAUAAGCCAGCACUAUUGUACUUGUUACAUGCAUGAAAACAUCUGUUAUUCCAGUAGUAUAGUCCAUUAUUUAUUAUCUAACAGGGCGUAAAUAAAAAAUCUACCCAAAUAGUGA